AUGCGUGAGAAUGCAAUGUCUACAAAGAAACUUCCCUAUAAAUUAUCUGGCAGCAGCAAAAUAACAACUUCCAUACCUAAUGAUUUAAUCAUACUGCGAAAUAAUUGCAUAAAUUCACUGAACAGUUCCUCGUCCAAAGCUGACAGCAUUACAUGUAUAGAUACGUGGCUAAAAUACACAGAGGGUUUGUUAACCCACAGGUACGAAGCUAAUAAUGACGCCGCUCUCAUUGAAGAGGAGAUAGCGAUUGCGUUAAUCAAUGUUGCCGUAUUUUAUCAAGACAUCGGUAUUGAAACAUUGUACAGAGCUUAUGAAUCUUCACAAGCGUCAAAUAACUUAUGGACAACAAGCGGGACCUAUCUAAAGAGAGGUCUAGGCUUAAUCUGCUUUCUUGGAAAGAAUUUUCAAAUAAACACAGCUAAUGAUUGCCAAAAGAUGCAGGUUCUCAACGUCCUUAAUCAGCUAUCAUUAGAGUUUCAAUUGCUGCAACAACUAGGGAUUGUCGUUUUAGCACUGUCUAAACUAAGAUCAAAAAUCAGCAAGGAUGCUGUUGCGGACCUUGAGCCUCAAGAAUUGGAAGAGCUAGGCAAGUCCAGUGUCUUUUACGCUAAGCUUUGUAUUGGAUCUUAUAGCACUGCUUCGCAAUGCCAAGGAGGCCGUAUAGUGGACGCAUUAUUUAUGAAUUAUUUACAGAGUUUGACCUAUCUCUUCCUAUCAAUCAACCAAUACAACAAUGAUGAGUGCGGAAUUGCCAUUGGGAUGCUCCAAGAAUCGAUCAAAAAACUGUUAAAUAUAGUACCCAAUUCGCAACUAAAAGAGUUGGACAUUUUAUCCUCAACCGAUAUUACAAAGAAGAGGGAUCUUAUAAAGAUGUCGUUUAAAAGGAAAAUACAUGGGUCUACUUUAAAAAACCAACGGAUAUUUGAGAAGAAGGUGCCAUUUUCAUCCAAAGCGUACAUGAUGCCGUUAUUGAAAUCUUCAUUAGACGAUUUUGUUAUCCCACUAACGAUACUGUUAAGGUACAGAUACCAGACAACCAAUGAGAAUUAUUCCUUCAAAACGGUUGAAACCGACGUUUCUAAAUUGAAGGAGCUUUUCCCCAGGGGAAAAUCGUCAGAUAUUGAAGGCACUGUAUGGAGUUUCCAAGAUGGACAUCUUACAUUUGCAGACUCAAAUAAUGCAACCCACAAUUGCGGUAAUUAUUUUUGA